GUAAGACACCAAGAAACUAAAGACUUUCCCCGUGAAAGGAAGCUCUAUAACUACGGAAGGUCCAUAACUACUGUGUCACGUUGUAUGAAGUCCCAUACCACAACGGUUUCUAGAUGUGUUGAGUUCUUUGUCAUCUAAAGCAUGCCUUCUUGGGAUAUGAACUCUUUGAUUCAAAGAUUUCGACGACCCACGCGCUAUGCCCGUUGCGAACAAAAUGACGGAAUGGUUGCAGUGCCAGAGACUUUCUCCUUGAAUCGGCGACAUAAAGGUCGUGUGAUUGUUUUUACCAAUGCAGACCCGUCCGAAGUCUGCCUUGAGCCAGGACAAACUGCAAGGGAUAUUUGUGCAUUGGUUGCCAAAGAGGUUGGCAUCUCUAUCAAAACUCUAGAGCUUUUUGGUCUUGUACAUGUAUCAAAGGAUCCCCAACCUGUCAACAGCCAUAAGAAGUUGUUGGAGGAAGAUUGUCAGAAGACAUAUGAAUUCAGACUGAUUUUUAAAGUCUGCACAGCUUCCCAGUUUUUAGAGUAUGAUGAGAACACGUUCAAGUAUUAUUUUCACCAGCUCUUGGCAGAUUUUAACAAAGGAAAUAGUCCUGAGCCUCGGUACACAGAAGAAAAUAAAAAAUUCUAUGUUAUGCUGGCAAUCAUAGAAAUUGUGCUUCAAGCACAAAAGAAAAAUAUCAGUCCAUGGAAAAUAUUUGAAAGGAAAAUAAAGCAAGAUCUUUUAAUCUGGAAAGGAUAUUUCAAAGACUACAAUAAGCAAGAAAUAAAGAAAUACCUGAAGGAAGGAAAUAAACUUGACAGUUAUAACAGACUCUCAGAACUUGACCUGAUGAAGAACUUUAUGCAUGUACUUGAACAGUCUGAAGAAUUCUUCAUUCACAAGUUUGUUGUGUACAAAAACUAUCCAAGAGCUGGGUCUACUAAGAUAAUACAAAGAUGUUUCGAGUUGCAUAUAAGUGCCCAGGAAGGCAUCCAGCUAAAAGAUGACAAUGGCGUGACGCAAGAUGUGGUCAAGUGCUUCAGUGAACUGCUCUCUCUGGAUGUGAACAUCUCGGAGAAUGAAGUGCUCAUUUCUCGCAAAGAGGAGGGACCAGAGAGAAUACAGACAAGAACCCUAGUUGAGGCCCAAGCCAUUGUCACACUGGUAGAGGGUUAUUACCGCUUGAUGGUUAAUCGUUACAUAAAACUCUCUGACAUAGAAUUUCGCUUGAGUUCUGUUCCGCGUAUCUUUGGUUCAAUAAUACGAAAAAAAGCAGUGUCAUUUCUACAGAAGGCUGGAGGGGAAGAUGGCACAUUCCUGUUGCGACAGAGUAACAAAAAAUUCGACGAAUAUGUGCUAUCGAUAUUGAGCAACAACGACGACAAGCACUACGAGAUCACUGCCUCCGAAGGAAAGUAUUUUCUGAAGAGAACCAAUGACCAGAAAAGCUUUCCUGACAUCGAAGCGUUGGUCAAGUAUUAUAGGGAAACCCAGAAUGGCCUACCCGUGUGCUUGGGCAGGAGGUGUUUUCCACCUACAGAAGGUUAUGAAGCAAUGUUCGACUUCCACCCUAUCGUACCAAUAACAAACCGACCUCAGGAUAUAAGUGACUAUCGGUUUGAAGUUGUCGACAGGAACCAGUUACACAUCAAAUGCACCCUUGGCACGGGUGGAGAGUUUGGCAACGUGAAGCAUGGGGAGUGGAUGGUUCCAGACGCCGAACAAGCCAGCGAGAUUAUCACCAGAUGCUUUGAAAAGAAAGUACUUGGCAGUAUGCAGGAAUUUUGCAAGGCAGCUGAAAAACUUGUGGAACUGCGACACCAAAACGUUGCACGACUACAUGGGAUCGCUGUAUUAGAGAAGUCAUAUGCCUUGAUAGCGGAAUAUGUCCCGCUUGGUCCAUUGGACAGUUAUCUUUCACAGAGAUGUGAUAGUGGCUUAUUAAAGUAUAAUGUGGUGUCAUUCGCUCUCCAGUUGACAGAAGGAAUGAUAUAUCUCGAGACAAAGGGCAUAGUCCAUGGGCGACUUGCUGCACAUAACGUGCUUGUUGCAGCCGAUGAAUGUCUGAAGAUCACAGAUGUUGGACUAAGGGAUCUUGCUAGCCGCGGAGGAGUAUUUCUUCCUGAUAGACCACAUCAAAAGCUGAACAGUCACUGCUGGUACGCCCUUGAGAUUUUACCAGACCCCCACCGAAGUGAAUUCACCCACAAGAGUGAUGUUUGGUCACUUGGUGUUUCCAUUUGGGAGAUGUUCACAUUGAGAAGGCCAUUUCAUCCAAUGAAUAGCUUGGACCCUUUGAGUUGUAAACAGAUCCUGCUGAGGUAUAGCAAAGGCCUUCAUCUUAACGUGGACAGACCUAGCAUCCCUAAGGAAGUCUCGGAGAUAAUCAAGCAUUGUUGGGACCAUUGUGAGGAGAGACGUAUCUCCUUUUCGGAUAUCUACAAUCGUCUUCAUGAGGCGGCAAGUAAAUUCCAAGGUGACGCGAGUACGAUUCACCGGAGUCUAGAACCGGAAGACUGGGAACAGGAGCUCAUGAAGAGACAGAAUAAACCCCCAGCAUCGGCACAGUUACAAAACAUGAGUUCUGCCAGUGGAUAUGAAGAGGUUAAGACUCUAUCCCCCGACAUACCGGCGCUGGCUCUUUACCCCUCACUGAACAUUGCCAACAAGCAAUCUCUCCAUCGAACCUUAUCCGACCCUGGCUCCCCUCCAGGCCACACCCAGGUUUGCCAGGAGACAGAGGUUGCGUCUGCCUCUCAACGCAAGAUCAGCUUGUCGCGGACCACUUCAUAUCCGUCCAUGCCAAGCUCUCGGUGUAACCUUGUGUUCAGUCCAAGCAGUGACGGCUAUGCCCGGAUGAGCAACCCUUGGGAAAUGACACUUGAUCUCCAAAAUCCUCUACAUCAAGAAUCGCUCCAAGGAAUGGAGCCAACUUUGUCAAGUGAUCACCCAGCAUUGGCACCAGAGAACUCUCAAUCAAAGACGGAGGAGCCGCCCCCGCUAUUAUCAGAAGGAGCACCCAAAGACACCGAGGUAUCCCUUAGACUCUCGGAAGAGCUACCCUCAAUAGAGUAUCGACCGUCAGGAACGCCUGAGGGCGUGGCAGUGCCAGACGUUCAAUCCACUCCAACGGUUGCGUCAACGGGCAAUAUUACUGAUAAGGGACCAACUAAAGCCCAAGGCCCCUUCAGUGGACACAACUAUGCCGCUGCUCGUCACGAUAUGGAUUUACAGCUAGAAGACUUUGUCGACACUAGCUCUCCUCUCGAUUACCUGCAUAAUGAAUCAGAGAGCCCGCUACAUCCAAGCUUGAGUGAAGUAAAGGAGGAUUCAUUGCCUCGUGCAGACCAGGGCCUGUCGUGCGAUCUGCCCCACAUGAAGGUAGCGUCGAUGCAUGAGUCGCCUUGUGUGAGCACCAGCAACCAAUCUCAAACCAGCCGAUCUGAAGAAAGAACUAUCCCUUCACCUUUUAGUGGUCUAAAGUCUGGUUGUAUGCAAUUCCAAACUAAACAAGAGACUCCAAAGCGAUCCCCUUCAGAUCUGAUCGUCUUUGAAGCUUCCGUGGCCAGUAAAGCGAUUGAUCAAAACAACGCAACUGUAGAAACUAAUGACUCACAGUUGCUAUCUCAGCCUAUUGAAUAUCAAACCCAAUUAGGUGGUUUAGGUGAUCUGGCUGCCUUAGUGAAACAGCGUGUUCCUACCGGUAUAAGCCGUGAGGAGUCUGGGCCGCCCUGUGACCAGCCUAAUGCUGAGAACCCCGCAUUUCCAUUGAGUGAUCUUGAUGACUUUGCUUCCUUGGUAGAGCAAUCACAGCCCACUAGCGUUUCUUCCCAGGCUGAGGUUAUACAGGCUACAGCCCCUUGUGAUACCUUUUCCUCAGAGCGGCCUGCUUUUAGACGUUCUCUUGAGGACCUAGCUGCCACGGAAAAGCAGUCAUUAUCAAGUGGUCUUAAUGCUCUUGCAGCCUUUGCCGGACAUACCGAGUCGUCCUCGUGUACUCCUUUAAAGGAAUCUGGACAACAAGGCUCAGACGAUCCAAGUAAAGCGCAAAAAUCAAUAAAUUCAUAUAUUGCUGUUGAAUUAUUGUCAACCAACCACCAUGAAGACCCUAUCACCACACCCAUGGAACAAUUAAAUGAGGAUAACCUCCAAGAAGACCUUUUAUUUUAUCACAUUUUAUCAAAGAAAGGUGAAUCAUCUGCAGAUACUCCAAACUGGAACACAGACAAUAGGGGAUCAGAUUAUGUUGACACUUCAGUUAGCCUUUUAACAAGUGGUAGUGAUUGUCGUUCAGCGUACAUCAAAUCUAUGAGGCCAGGGUCAUGCAUUGGGAGCCAAGGGGCAUCUGUCAAUGCGUCUGUGACUGAAAAAAAAGGCCGUGAUGACAAUGUGUUUGAGUUUCUCAGCAAUUUGAACGCACAAGGCGAGACAAACUUGGGUCAGAAUGAAGACCAUUCGGACACCUCGUCUGGUGCAAAGAUAACGUCUGGGAUUCUUAGCCAGCUUUCGAGUGACACGACGCUUAUAAGCGACACAACUGAAGCCACUAUGCAUGACCAAUCACGUGACACGCCAUCUGCAGGUUACGUUCCCCACACUGGAGCCGCUAGCAUCCAAUCACGUGACACGCCAUCUGCAGGUUACGUACCCCACACUGGAGCCGCUAGCAUCCAAUCACGUGACACGUCAUCUGCAGGUUACGUACCCCACACUGGAGCCGCUAGCAUCCAAUCACGUGACACGUCAUCUGCAGGUUACGUACCCCACACUGGAGCCGCUAGCACUCAAUCACGUGACACGUCAUCUGCAGGUUACGUUCCCCAAGCGGUAGUACUUAGUAACCUGUCAUGUGACAUUGCUUCUGAAAGCCAGAAGCCUCAGUCCACAGUAGUUUGUAAAGCCCCCCCUACGACACCUAGCGAUGGAGGAAGGCAGGAGCUGUGUUCUCCUUUACCUGGACCCUCCUCUAGUUCGGAAGACGCAGCGGAUGCGCAGUCACGUGCAUCCAGUCCUUUGCCAACAGGCUCGGCUCUUCAGGAAGACGGUACAAUUCGUUCUUCCGCUCUGAUCCGGCUUAAUAAGAAGAUUACGCCUGACUUGCGCAUAAAUCUAGCGGAGCUGCAUUUCAUGGAAAAACCACUUGGCAAGGGGCAGUUUGGCGUGGUUAAGAAGGCAAAAAGAGUGUACGAAAAUAAGGGUCAAACACACAAGAGCGAUGUAGCUGUGAAGGAGCUCAAUCCAAAUGUAGACGAGAAAGAUGAGAUUGAUUUUAUAAACGAAGCUGAAAUAAUGAUUAUUUCAUCGCACCAAAUUAAAAGCAGAAAUAUCAUACAACUAAUAGGCAUUUGCAUCGAUAUGGAGCGCUUAUCAAUCAAAAUUGUGACGGAGCUGGCUCCUUAUGGCGCCCUUCCAUCCUACCUCCGGGAAAAAAGGGACUUGGUCCAAGUUCCUCGACUGAUGGAGUUCUGUUUGCAGAUCGCCGAGGCUAUGGAAGCUCUGCAUCGCGAUAAAUGUAUCCACCGUGACCUUGCUGCGAGGAACAUUCUGGUAGUGAAAGAAAAUCUCGUCAAAAUCAGCGACUUUGGACUGUCCAGGCUGAGCCAGUAUUAUAAAACCGACAAGGGAAAAUUCCCUACUCGCUGGUAUGCACCGGAGUGCCUUGAAUUCUUGAAGUUCACGGCGAAGAGUGACGUAUGGAGCUUUGGAGUAACCAUGUGGGAGAUGUUUGAAUAUGGAGGCGCAAGGCCAUACCAGGAAAUCGAAGACGCACAACAGGUGCUUCCGCACCUUCGCCGUGGCAACAGGCUGGCUAGACCGAGCACUUGUCCGGAAGACAUGUACGAACUGUUGAAGAAAUGCUGGUACAACGACCCUAACCUCCGUCCAAGCUCCUUCAUGCUAACAAAGGAAAUCAAAAGAUUAAUUGACAAUUUGCCCAGUUGAUGUGUGUAUGGACCUGAUUGCAUCGCCUCUCAAGCACGCUGUUAGGAUAGGAAGGACACACGGUGUAUGGACCUGAUGGUAUCCCCUCUCAAGCACGCUGUUAGGAUAGGAAGGACACAGGGUGUAUGGACCUGAUGGCAUCGCCUCUCAAGCAGGCUGUUAGAAUAGGAAGGACACAGGGUGUAUGGACCUGAUGGCAUCGCCUCUCAAGCACGCUGUUAGGAUAGGAAGGGCACAGGGUGUAUGGACCUGAUGGUAUCGCCUCUCAAGCACACUGUUAGGAUAGGAAGGACACAGGGUGUAUGGACCUGAUGGUAUCGCCUCUCAAGCACACUGUUAGGAUAGGAAGGACACAGGGUGUAUGGACCUGAUGGCAUCGCCUCUCAAGCACACUGUUAGGAUAGGAAGGACACAGGGUGUAUGGACCUGAUGGUAUCGCCUCUCAAGCACGCUGUUAUGAUAGGAAGGACACAGUGUGUAUUGACCUGAUGGUAUCGCCUCUCAAGCACGCUGUUAGGAUAGGAAGGACACAGGGUGUAUGGACCUGAUGGCAUCGCCUCUCAAGCACACUGUUAGGAUAGGAAGGACACAGGGUGUAUGGACCUGAUGGUAUCGCCUCUCAAGCACGCUGUCAGGAUAGGAAGGACACAGGGUGUAUGGACCUGAUGGUAUCGCCUCUCAAGCACGCUGUUAGGAUAGGAAGGGCACAGGUCAAGCCCACGGCUCUUGUAAUUUGUACGGAGCGCUUGGUGUUUGUAAGCUAAUAUUGGGGUAAAUGUGUGAAAGUUCAGAAAAUAUGUUAACGCAGUUCAGUUAAACUUUAGAUGUUGGCAGUUAUCCUCUUACUCAACUAUGAAUAUAUGGCCGGCUUUGAAUAUAUACACGACAUUGCAUUUUGUCUCGGUUCGAUAAGUGUCUCAACAAUUAUUGUAAUAACGUGAUGGUCCAUAAUAAAUACCACCUGUAUUCCUUUUAGAUUAUAAAAAUAAACCUAUUACUAAUUGUCA